GCUGUGCCGCCGGGGGACCCGCGGUGAUCCCGUCCAGCCGCCGCCGUCGCAAACUUUGCGCGCGCCGCCGCCGCCGCCGCCGCUCGUCCCCGGGACGCGCAAGGACUUUUCAACAUGAAUUAUACGGAGUCCAGCCCACUGGUACAAUCGCCUGUAGCAGGUUUUAUGCCUGAGUUAGAGAGUCUUACACCUGUGCCUUCCAAUGGGACCACUUGUGAGAACUGGCGAGAGAUUCACCAUCUGGUUUUUCAUGUAGCCAACGUUUGCUUUGCAGUUGGUUUGCUAAUUCCCACCUCUCUUCACCUCCAUAUGAUACUGCUCAGAGUGAUGCUGUCUAUAGGAUGUACCCUUUACGUAGUCUGGGCCACCCUCUACCGCUGUGCCUUGGAUAUGAUGAUCUGGAACUCGGUGUUCUUGGGUAUCAAUAUUUUGCAUCUUUCAUAUCUUUUGUACAAGAAAAGACCGGUCAAGAUUGAAAAGGAGCUGGGUGGUGUCUAUCACCGGUUGUUUGAACCACUCCGAGUCCCUCCGGAUUUGUUUAGAAGGUUAACUGGACAGUUUUGUAUGAUCCAGACCUUGAAAAGGGGCCAGGUUUAUGCCACAGAGGACAAAACCUCAGUUGACGAUCGUCUUAGUAUUCUCCUAAAGGGAAGAAUGAAGGUCUCCUAUCGAGGACAUUUUCUGCAUAACAUUUACCCGUGUGCCUUUAUAGAUUCUCCUGAAUUCAGAUCAACACAGAUGCACAAAGGCGAAAAAUUCCAGGUCACCAUUGUUGCAGAUGACAACUGCAGGUUCUUAUGCUGGUCAAGAGAACGGCUGACAUACUUUCUGGAGUCAGAGCCUUUUCUGUAUGAAAUCUUUAGGUACCUUAUUGGAAAAGACAUUACAAAUAAGCUGUACUCCCUGAAUGAUCCUACCUUAAAUGAUAAAAAAGUGAAGAAGCUGGAGCCACAGAUGAGCCUCUGCACGCAGAUCUCCAUGCUGGAGAUGAGGAACAGCAUCACGAGCUCCAGCGACUGCGAGGACGGCCUCCACCACUUCCUGCGGGGCUCCACCAGCACGACCUCUCUCCCCGUGUCCUCACCGCAGCAGCGAGCCUCGGCCAAGAUGAAGCCGAUUGAGGAAGGGGUAGAAGAUGACGACGAGGUCUUCGUGCCGGGGUCUCCAGACGCGCUCCGGGUGCAUCAGCUGCCUUGAGCGCCAUCUGGCGGGUGUCCGGGAAAGGAAAGCGAGCAGACGUCCCGCACUCUGCCUUGGUGACCUCCGGGUGCUGUCAGUCCUGCCAGAUGGGGAGUGAAGGAGGGCGGUGGACAGGAGCUGUGUGCUGCCUGUCCCGUCAGGCAGCCCCUGUGUUAGCCGGGCCUUCUGGCUAGACCUUGCUCUAUUUUGAGAUACGUAUUUUUGCAGUAGAUAUAUUAAUAUUAUUUUAGUUACUCCUAAAGCUAUCAGCAGCACAAACACCUUUUCGCUUAUUUUUCUAAGUUGUGGCGCUUUUCUCACGUGUACUUUUCCCUCUAUCGUGGGAAUUUAG